AUGGCCAUGCAUUUAUCUGGAGUCAAUGCUGAUUCUGACUGCAUGACCACCUUUACCCUCAGCUUCAUUGUAGCUGUGAAUGCUCUGUUCCUCUCCUUUUCACCCCUGAAGAUUCGCGAACAUGCAGGAUUGAGCUGUGCGAGGCAUAGCAUUCCCCACAUGGUAGGCGAAGGAGGAUGUGGGUCUGACGGCUCUACCGCCGCCCACCCGGGUGAAUGGACAUGUGUUCCAGGGUAUCAGAGCUUGCGGCUGACCAGCCGACGUGUCCACGCAGCCCUCCCACUGGCUGUGUCGACAUGUUGGGUUUCAUUGAAGGAUUUUACUGGUACAGACUUUACAAAGGCAAAAUUGUUUCUCAAGGAAGUGGGCAUGAAAGAUCUCAAAUCAGAGAAAAGCAAGCACAGAUUAAUGACCUAUCUAUGUCCUACACGGUUUUAG